AUGACAUGAAUAAAUGAAAAAGACAACACUAUUUUCUCUUCUCCAAGACAAGUAAGUAGUAAAUAAAAGGGAGGGCAAAGGAUUUUUUUCUUAAUUCAUUAUAAAUAGAUUAAAUAAAGAUGUAAAUAAAGAAUAUGGUACAUUAAAGACAAAUGUCCAUCAUCUAAAAUACUACUUGAAUCCACUUUAUUUCCCUCCGACACGCCAUGAACGCAUCACCAGGAACGUCUUCCGGCUACGUCAUCACGCACGCAGACGCACACAGACGCAGUUCGUUGGUCCAAUCGGGUGAAGCGUGUGAGGCUCAGGAAAGAAGCCGAUGAUAUGGCAGCUUCGAGAGUGACCAGGUGGAACUGGCUUUGUUCACGCGACCAAAACACGAACACGCUGUGAGUGAGCGAGCGAGCGACGGUGUCCGCGCUGCUGCUGCUGUUCCCGCUCGAAAUGAUUUACCUCAUUCUCGUUUCCGUGUUCUCCGGAGCUGCCGUGACGUUGUUAUUACAGUUCCUGUUCAUUUACCGGAGGAGCCCGGAGCCUGUCGGCAGGACGGUGCAGUACGUCAAAGUAGUGCCUGAAAACACGCUGAAGGAUUACUUUAACAGUCAGCAUGUCGAUGCUGGACAGCAGCAGCAGCAGCAGCAGCUGGAGAGCGCAGCAGCAGCAGCAGCAGCAAAGCCGCAUGAGGCGGCCUCAGCGCGGCAGCAGCAGCAGCAGCAGCAGGAGGCGGCGGCUGUCAGCGGCGGCAGCCCCAAACAAGCGCCGCCACCUCCUCCUCCUCCUCCUUACAGCGACUCCAGUGAUGCGACCAAACCCGAAACGUGCAAUUUCCUCAACGCUAUAUUCCUCUUCCUGUUCAGAGAGCUGCGGGACACUCCUGUGGUCAGACACUGGCUCACCAAGAAGAUAAAGGUGGAGUUUGAGGAGCUGCUGCAGACCAAGACCGCAGGUCGCCUCCUGGAGGGACUGAGCCUCCGGGACAUUUCCCUGGGAAACUCUCUGCCCGUGUUCAAGAGCGCCACGCUGAUGAAGCCGGUGCACGUGAACGAGGACGGCAUGCCCGAGGAGCUCAACUUCGAGGUGGACAUCGAGUACAAUGGCGGCUUCCACCUCGCCAUCGACGUGGAGCUGGUGUUCGGCAAGUCCGCCUACCUGUUCGUGAAGAUGCGGCGCGUGGUGGGCAGACUGAGGCUGCAGUUCACGCGCAUGCCCUUCUCCCACUGGUCCUUCUCCUUCCUGGACGACCCACUGGUGGACUUUGAGGUCAAGUCUCAGUUUGAAGGCAGACCGCUGCCACAGCUCACCUCCAUCAUAGUCAACCAGCUGAAGCGGGUCAUCAAGAAGAAACACACCUUACCCAACUAUAAGAUCAGAUAUAAGCCCUUCUUCCCGUUCCAAGUGCAGCCACCCCUGGGCUCGUCGUGUGAUGUGGACCUGUCAGUGCAGGAGAGCAUGCUGGUGGAGGGCCAACUCAGAGUCACACUCAUUGAAUGUAGCAGGUGAAACAUUGAAAAUGCUUUUAAUACAAGGCUUUUGAAAUGUUGUUUUGUCUAGGGAUGUCCUGAUCUGAUAUUGAUAUCGGAUA